AUGGAAUUCUUGAAAAUCAUUCUUAUUUUCAUAUUUUGCUCUUUCCCAUGGAGUAGUAUUCAGAGUGAUUUCGAGACUUAUAUAGUUCAUGUUGAAUCCCCAGAAAACCAAAUUUCUACUCAAUCAUCGUUGAUGGAUUUAGAGAGCUAUUACCUGUCUUUUUUGCCUAAAAAUACUAGCGCAAUUAGCUCUAGUGGAAACGAAGAGGCUGCUAGCAUGAUCUACUCCUAUCACAAUGUGAUGAAAGGCUUUGCAGCAAGAUUAACUGCAUCACAACUGAAGGAAAUGGAGAAGAAACAGGGCUUUAUCUCUGCACAGAAACAGAGGAUUUUGUCCUUGCACACUACUCAUACUCCAAGUUUUCUUGGUUUGCUGCAGAACAUGGGUGUAUGGAAGGAUUCCAACUAUGGGAAAGGUGUGAUCAUCGGAGUUAUAGACACUGGAAUUUUUCCUGAUCAUCCUUCGUUCAGCGAUUUUGGGAUGCCUCCUCGGCCUGCUAAGUGGAAAGGUGUUUGUGAGUCCAAUUUCACCAACAAGUGUAACGACAAGCUCAUAGGAGCGAGGUCUUACAAACUUGCGAAUGGUUCCCCGAUAGACGAUACAGGACAUGGUACACACAUAGCGGGCACAGCUGCAGGAGCCUUUGUGAAAGGUGCUAAUGUAUUUGGGAAUGCUUAUGGCACUGCUGUUGGUGUUGCCCCUCUUGCCCACAUUGCCAUAUAUAAGGUAUGCAAUUCAGAUGGUUGUGCGGAAAUUGAUAUCAUAGCUGCUAUGGAUGCAGCUAUAGAUGAUGGCGUAGAUAUUCUCUCUCUGUGUCUUGGUGGACGUAGAAAGCUUCCUUUCCAUAGUGACAAUAUUGUUCUCGGGGCGUACAGUGCCACAGAAAGAGGUAUUUUUGUAAGUUGUUCAGCUGGAAAUGAUGGUCCAUUCAGUGGCUCAGUAGAAAACACAGCCCCUUGGAUUCUUACGGUAGGCGCUAGCACUAUUGAUAGAAAGAUAAAAGCUACUCUUAAGCUUGGAAAUAGAGAGGAAUUUGAAGGAGAAUCUGCUUAUCAUGCAAAGAUUUCCAACUCAACAUUCUUCACUCUAUUUGAUACUGCAAAAAAUGCAAGUGAUGAAUUUGAAACCCCUUAUUGCAAACCAGGGUCACUCAAUGACCCUGCCAUAAGAGGAAAGAUGGUCAUAUGUUUGGCAGGUGGUGGCGUUCCGAGAAUUGAUAAAGGAAAAGCUGUAAAGGAUGCUGGAGGUGUUGGCAUGAUUAUCAUCAACAGUCCAGAUGACGGUGUCACUAAAUCAGCUGAUGCUCAUGUUCUUCCAGCAAUAGAUGUUUCAGCUGCAGAUGGAACAAAAAUUGUUGCAUAUAUGAACUCAACAUCAAAUUCUGUUGCUACAAUCACGUUCCAAGGAACAAUAAUUGGAGAUAAAAAUGGCCCAGUAGUUGCUUCAUUUUCUUCUCGUGGACCAAGUGAAGCUAGUCCUGGCAUCUUGAAACCUGACAUAAUCGGUCCUGGUGUUAAUAUCCUUGCUGCUUGGCCUACCUCCGUGGAUGACAACAAAAACACAAAAUAA